AUGCCUGUCCCUUGCGAGAAGCGAACCGAAAUGCAGGCACCAGAGUUCAAGGACUUCGCCAAGGAGAUGGUCGACUACAUCUCUGGCUAUCUCGAAAACAUCCGCGAUAGACGUGUUCUACCGACCGUUCAGCCGGGAUAUCUGCGCCCACUGAUUCCUGAUGAGGCCCCGCAACAGCCAGAAAAAUGGGAAGAUGUGAUGGCCGACGUUGAGCGAGUGAUCAUGCCCGGUGUCACGCACUGGCAUAGCCCGAAGUUCCAUGCGUACUUCCCAACGGCCAACUCCUAUCCGGCGAUCGUGGCCGAUAUGCUGAGUGGAGCCAUCGCUUGUAUCGGUUUCACUUGGAUCGCUAGCCCUGCUUGUACUGAGCUCGAGGUGGUCAUGUUGGACUGGUUGGGCAAGAUGCUGGACCUGCCGCAGGAGUUCCUGGCUUGUUCGGGUGGACAGGGUGGUGGAGUCAUUCAGGGCACGGCCAGUGAAGCCACCCUGGUUGCUCUGCUUGGUGCCAAGGCUAAGGCGAUGAAGCGCGUCAAGGAGGAACAUCCUGAUUGGGACGAUCAUACGAUCGUCUCCAAGCUGGUUGGAUACACUUCUAACCAAUCUCACUCCUCAGUGGAGCGUGCGGGACUGCUCGGAGGAGUAAAACUGCGUGGUCUGAAGGCGGACGACAAUCUGAAGCUGCGAGGAGAAACGCUGGAUAAAGCCAUCAAAGAAGAUCUGGCAGCUGGACUGAUCCCGUUCUACGUGGUGGCCACACUCGGCACAACCAACACCUGCGCCUUCGAUCGUCUGGACGAAAUCGGCCCAGUUGCUAACCAGCACAACGUUUGGGUGCACGUGGAUGCAGCUUACGCUGGGUCGGCCUUCAUCUGUCCGGAGUAUCGCUACUUGAUGAAGGGCAUCGAGACGGCCGAUUCGUUCAACUUCAACCCGCACAAGUGGAUGCUGGUGAACUUCGACUGCAGUGCCAUGUGGCUGAAGGAACCAUACUGGAUCGUGAAUGCGUUCAACGUCGACCCACUCUACCUGAAGCACGAUAUGCAGGGCUCGGCUCCGGACUACCGUCACUGGCAGAUUCCACUCGGUCGUCGAUUCCGUGCCCUGAAGCUGUGGUUCGUCCUACGUCUGUAUGGUGUGGACAACCUGCAGGCACACAUCCGUCGUCAUUGUGGCUUCGCAAAGCAGUUCGAAGCGCUGUGUCGUGCGGAUGAGCGGUUCGAGAUCUUCGGCGAAGUGCAAAUGGGUCUCGCUUGCUUCAAGCUGAAGGGCUCGAAUGAGCUUAACGAGGCACUGUUGAAGCGCAUCAACGGUCGUGGAAACAUCCAUCUGGUGCCGUCCAAGGUGAACGACGUGUACUUCCUGCGAAUGGCCGUUUGCUCGCGUUUUACCGAAGCCACCGACAUCGAUUACUCGUGGAAGGAAGUUUCGGCGGCCGCUGACGAGCUCCUGGCCGACCAGAAGAAGUAAGCAGGGCUACGUACCCGUGCUUGUGCAUCGCUCGUACCACGUUUCCUGUUUUCUGUUAAGUUUAUACCCGUACGAACGUUUAACUUAUUUAUCUAUCGAACGAAACAUGCAUCCCUUUACUACGAGCAUGCACUAUGGGGCUAAUGCCUACGCUCGGACACCACACUCUUCGCAUCAUAGGGACCAGGGACGGGACAGGUUAUCGCAGUUGCGGGGGUCGUUCCCCGCAGCAAGGACUCAUUCGUGUGGCAACGAUACCGUGAAGAAUAAUGUUAUCGCAAGCAUCUAGAUAUCGUGCAAUCGUGUAUUGAUGUUCGAUGUUAUAAUGUAUUCGUUGAGAUAAAAAUAAAAAGUAAG